UUUCAGAUACGUUUUUGCCUCUGCCGCGUUCAGAGUCAGAGUCGGAUUUAUCGUCUGGGUCUGGGUCUGGAAAAGAUCUUGGAUCUUGGUCUCGGUUUCGUUUUCGGUUUCGUUUGUGUGUUUCGGUUUCAGUUUCAGUUCGUUGGCGCGUUCGCACGGAUCGAGUCGUGAGCACGGCUUAAAACACACAACUAAAUAUAUAGAUAUAUAUAAUACCUCUAUUUGGUGGCCAAGAUAGGCUCGUCGCUCUGCUAUUCGGGUCAAUGCUGUACUCUGCAUUGCCAACGUUAUGCUAAUUACCGAAAGGAUACAAAUCAUAGCAUACAUCAUCGGUUACAAUCUCUUUGGCAAGACUCCGUCGCACCGCUGGUGACAAAUUCCUCGCCCGGUGCCCAACCCGCCAAUAAGCGCUAGAAAUAAAGAGAUACACAGCCAGGAGAAUAGCUAGCAACACAUAUAUAUUACAUAUAUAUUUAUUUAACACAAAAUAUAUCAAUCAACAAAUUUGCAAAACGUGCCAAAUAUAAUUUAAAUCUAUUUAUUUUGUUUAACAAAGAGCUGAUAAGUCUUAACUAUAUAAAUUAGUAAGUCGUUUAAUUUAAAUCCUCAUAAAAAGCCACAACAAAGAAAGUUGCCGAAGGAGCAGCCGUUGGCUUCGACAUGAAGAAGCCAGAAAUGCUGUUUAGUUUAAUUUUAUGGUGCCUUUGCGCUCCCAGUCUGACCCUUCGUAUCCCCGAGGACCUCGAGAAUGCUGCCAUUAAUGCCCUGAGCUCCGAACGUGCCCGUUCCCUGACCCAAUGCGGGUCCUCCGAGGAGGGAGAAGGCAGUGUGGCCGGUGACUACGAUGUUUGCCCGCCGAGCAAGUACCGCCAGCCGACCGCCGAGUGCAACAAUGUGUCCCAUCGCAAGUGGGGAGCCCGUGGGGACAUCUUCCAGCGCCUCUUGGUGGCCGACUACGCCGAUGGUGUGAGUCAGCCAAGGACUUCCAAGGGAACCCAUGCUCUGCCCGAUGCCGAACUGGUGAUCGAGCACCUCCAGCGCCAUGUGGAGGGCGAGCUGCGCCACGCCCACAUCACUGCCAUGCUGCCCGCCUGGGGCCAACUUCUGGCCAAUGACCUGGUCGAGGUAGGACAACUGCCCAUCUCCGGAAAGUGCUGCGAACGCGACUCCGCCGUCAAGGAUCCCAGCGAGCUGCAGCAGUGCUUCGUUCGGGCGGGUCCCGAUUGCAAGGAGUACAAGCGAUCAGCGCCAGGAUUCGAUGCCGAGGCGUGCCAGAAACACACUCGCCAGCAGAUGAACAUCGCCUCGGCCUACAUCGAUGGCUCUGGACUUUAUGGCUCCACUCGCCAUGAGUUCGACCAGCUGCGCACCUACAUCAGUGGCGGCGUCAAGGUGGAGUCCUGCAAGUACUGCCAGGUGGCCGGAGCCACGGGAGCCCUGCAUCGUGCCCUCCUGCAGCAGCACAACAACAUUGGCGAGCGACUGGCGCACAUCAAUCCCGAUUGGUCCGAGGAGGAUGUGUUCCUGGAGGCCAGGCGCAUCAUCACGGCCACCAUUCAGCACAUCACCUACAACGAGUUCCUGCCCCUCGUCCUGGGACAGGAGACGACGGCCAAGGAGGGUCUGCGGCUGACCGCAGAGAAGCACUCGAGCAACUAUUCCAGCUCGGUGAGGGGAGGAAUCUACAAUGAGUUCGCCACCGCCGCCAUGCCCGCCUUCUGGAGCAUGUAUCCGCCGGAGAUGCUGGCCAAGAAGAUGUCCGCUCACGAACUGUUGUCCAUUGCCGCCCUGCAAAAGUCACUGGUUCCGAGUCAAACGAAUGCCGAGGGCUGGUCCGAGUUGGCCUUGGCCGUUCACCGGGGUCGUGACCACGGCGUGGCCUCCUAUGUCCAUGCCCUGGAUCUCUGCGAACGUCGCUACGCCGAUCAGGGUGCUGCCAAUGUGAGCUUCGAUACCCUGGCCCAGGCGUCCAACAUUCCCGAGGAGUACAUCACCAAUCUGCGUGACAUUUACCAAAACGCUGAGGACAUUGAUUUGUUGGUGGGCGCCCUGCUGGAAGAGCCCGUGGUUGGAGCCCUCUUUGGACCCACCAUCAGCUGUCUGCUGACCCUGCAGUUCGAGCAACUGAAGCAGACCGAUCGCUUCUGGUACGAGAACGAGAUCCCGCCCUCCUCCUUCACCCUGGACCAGCUAAAGAGCAUUCGCCAGACAUCCCUUUCCGGCUUGCUGUGCGGAUCGCAUCAAGUGAGCACUGCCCAGUCCAAGGCCUUCAUUCUGGAGGACAACUACCUGAACUCAAUUUUGGACUGCGACCAGUUGCCCAAGUUUGAUUUGAAGCCCUGGCAGGUGAACCCCGAGGAUGAGGUUCAUGUGGAGCACGUGGAAGUGGAACCAGCGACCAAGGAAGCCAUUGCCGAGCUGAGUCCCGAACUGAUCGAGGCGGCCGUGGAACGUGCCAAGCAGGAACUGGAGGAACGCAAGCGUUUCGAGUACGAAGUGUGGCGAACAAAGGGCGGCAUCAGUGCCCGCUCCCCCGACGGCACGGCCGCCUCCUUCAGCAAGGCCAAUCUGGCCGCCCUGAACCUGGCCAACUCCUCGCUGAUCUUCGAGCUGACCUCCAACGAGAUUGUGAAGACGCUCAACCACAUCACCAGGCGCAAGCGCCAGAUCUUCAAUCCCAACCAGAAUGCCUUCAAUCGCAACGAACUGACCGAUACCCUGCAAACGGUGGACAUCAGUGGCCUGCUUGGCGGUGCCCAGAAGCCACUGGACGAGUGUCCGGAGCCGAAUCAGCAGUGCGAUGCCAACUCUCCGUUCCGUACUUUGUCCGGAAAGUGCAACAAUCUGCGCAAUCCCAACUGGGGCAAGUCGCUCACGACUUUCUCCCGCCUGUUGCCCGCCCAGUACGAGGACGGCAUCUCGGCGCCCAGGGUCACCGGAGUGACUGGAACCCAGUUGCCCAAUCCCCGAACCAUUUCCACCACCAUCCAUCCGGAUAUUUCCAACCUGCACACUCGCUACUCGCUGAUGGUGAUGCAGUUCGCCCAGUUCGUCGAUCACGACUUGACUUUGACUCCGAUCCACAAGGGCUUCCACGAGUCCAUCCCCAGUUGCCGGCCCUGCAACUCCCGCCAGACAGUGCAUCCCGAGUGCAAUCCCUUCCCGGUGCCCGCCGGCGACUUCUACUAUCCCGAGGUGAAUGUGACCAGUGGCGAGCGCUUCUGCUUCCCCUCGAUGAGAUCGCUGCCGGGACAGCAGUCUCUGGGCCCGCGCGACCAGAUCAACCAGAACACCCACUUCCUGGACGGCUCGAUGGUCUAUGGCGAGACCACUUGUCUGUCGGGCAAGCUGCGCGGAUUCUCCGGACGCAUGAACAGCACCCAGCUGAGGGGCAAGGAACUGCUGCCCCUGGGACCCCAUCCCGAGUGCAAGUCCCGCAACGGUCUGUGCUUCCUUGGCGGCGACGAUCGUGCCUCCGAGCAGCCAGGUCUGACCGCCAUCCACACUGCCUUCCUGCGUGAGCACAACCGCAUUGUCGAGGGUCUGCGCGGAGUGAAUCCCCACUGGAACGGAGAGCAGCUCUUCCAUCAUGCCCGUAAAAUUGUCGGCGCCCAGGUGCAACAUAUCGUGUUCAACGAGUUCCUGCCCCGCAUCCUCAGCUGGAAUGCCGUCAAUCUGUAUGGCCUGAAGCUGUUGCCCCAGGGAUACUACAAGGACUACAAUCCAUCCUGCUCGCCGAUUGUCUUCAAUGAAUUUGCGGCCGCCGCCUUCCGAAUUGGCCACUCCCUCCUGCGUCCCCACAUCCCCCGGCUGAGUGUCCAGCAUCAGCCCGUGGAGCCGCCACUACUUUUGCGCGACGGUUUCUUCCGCAUGGACGCCCUCCUGCAGCCCGGAAUCAUUGACGAAAUCCUGCGCGGUCUGGUGGCCACUCCCAUGGAGACCCUGGAUCAGUUCAUCACCGGCGAGGUGACCAACCAUCUGUUCGAGGACCGCAAGAUUCCCUUCUCCGGCAUCGAUUUGAUCGCCCUGAAUAUCCAGAGAGCUCGCGAUCAUGGAAUCCCCUCGUACAACAACUACCGUGCCCUGUGCAACCUGAAACGCGCCACCAACUGGAACGAUUUGAGCCGCGAGAUCCCCACCGAGGUGAUCAACCGCUUCCAGAAGGUCUACGCCAGCGUGGACGACAUCGAUCUCUUCCCUGGCGCCAUGACGGAGCGUCCUCUGCAGGGCGGUCUGGUUGGACCCACGCUGGCCUGCAUCAUUGGCAUCCAGUUCAGGCAGCUGCGCAAGUGCGAUCGCUUCUGGUACGAGAACCAGAACCCGGAGGUCAAGUUCACGGAGGCUCAGCUGGCUGAGGUCCGCAAGGUGACGCUGGCCAAGAUUGUGUGCGAGAACCUGGAGAUCACGGGAGACAUGCAGCGUGCUGCCUUCGAUUUGCCCAGCAACUUCCUAAACCCACGUGUGCCCUGCGCUUCGAUGCCCCAGAUUGACUUGAACGCCUGGCGCGAAAAUGUCCAGGGCUGUCAGAUUGGCAACCGCAAUGUCCGUGUAGGCGAGUCCGCCUUCCCUUCGCCCUGCACCAGUUGCGUCUGCUCCGCGGAGGGGGCUCAGUGUGCCUCCCUGCGCAUCACCGAUUGCGGCCAGCUGAUCCGCCAGUGGCCCAAGGAGGCCAUUCUGCGCGACGAGGUGUGCAACUCGCAGUGCGGCAUCUACCUGACCGGCCAGCAGGCCAGUGGCUUCAAUCCCCAGCAGCGACAGGGUCAGGCUCAGCCACGUGUCACCCGAUCCCGUAACCAGAAUCUCUUCAAGUUCCCCGACCUGACGCCCUUCAUUGCUUCCCUGUAAAGCGGAGGAGGCCAAUCAAUAUAGUUUGAGUGCGCAGGAGUAAGCAGAAGCGAUUCUAAUAACGCAUUUUGUGAACAGCUCUUGCGUUUGUACAUAAGUUUCUUUGUUGUUUGCUUACCUAAAGACUUGUCCAAUGCAUAAGCGAGAUCUAUAUACAUAUACUCGCCAGUUCUGUACGUCAUAAGUUACAAAACACUCGGCCCCAUCAUCAGACACCUGCCAUCGGCAGUGUCCUAGCUAUAUCCUAAUUAAAGUUACAGCAUAACUAUUAACAAAUUAUAAUAAACACUUGUAGUGAGUGAAAUAAUAA